AUGAGUGCUCUUUUCAAUUUUCGUGCGCUUUUACGUGUGAUUCUCUUGCUCAUCUGCACUUGCACGUAUAUUCACUCGCAAUGGCCGUCACUUUUGGCCAAAUACAAAAACCACAGCAUGUUGGGUGCAUUCUGGAAAUGUGCCCGUAUUGGCGAGCGAGCAAGUCCCUAUGUUAGUUUGGCUUGCAUUUUCAUGGCGAUCAGCCAAUUCAACGAUUAG